CUUCCCGCCCCACAGACACCAGGUGCAUCCCUCGCCAGCCAGUGCCAGUGAUCGUGACCCUCAGACCUCAGUGCCCCGCUACCCUCGGCCCAGGACGCAUCCCUCUCGACGCACCUCGCCUUACACCAAUAGCAUAGAUGAGGGAGGCAGGGGGAGGCGCUGACGCAGGCCCGUGACGCCCCGCUUAGCCCCACGCCACGCCCCAGACCCUCACGCCACCCACGCCUCGUCAGGAUGAGCACCCGCCGCCAGCUGUCAUGGAGGGCGCGGCAGGGAGGGGAGCGUCUGCGUCAGGAGGGCAGAAGGGCGGCCUUGUCAUGUUGGCAGGACUUCACGACCCUACGACUGGCGCCCCUUAAGUUGACCUUCUUCGUGAUUAUGGGAGCGACUCAGUGCGUGGCUCCCUUCACACCGUUACUGUUGCGAGCGCUAGGGCUGACGUUGCAGGAGACAGGCCUCAUCUUCUCCAUCAGCCCGAUCAUCCCUAUCUUCGCUCCUCUCUUGGCGGGGAUCAUCGCGGACAAACUAGGGAAUUUCCGGUGCCUCCUGGUGUUCACGGUGGCCCUGAGCGGCUUGGUGGCCCUGCUCACCGUGGCCAUCCCUCCCGCGCGCACGACGCCGAAGUAUUCCGACACAGUGACCUUCAGCCUCACGUGCGACGACUCCAGCUUCGUCCUCGCGCCCGUCCCUCCCGAUGGCGACAAGGACAAGUGUGAUUUCCUGGACGCGACGCUGACGGUGCCCUCUCUGGAAGCCAAGAACUGCGGCUACACGUGCCCCGACCCCGCUAUUGUCAUCCCUUCGAAGCUGGUCAAAGACAUAAAGAAACUCAAGGUCCUCCAAGCCGUGAACACUACGCUAUUCCACGUGUGCAAGAUCCAAGGCGGCACGGAUGACAGGGAAAAGCACCAGAAGUGUUUCAGGAAGAACCUCAACAGGACACGGAAGGCGGAGAACAUGCCGCGGUCCUUCGAGAUCCACAACCUCAUCCUGCCGCUGUCGGGAGCCACGCAGACAGGCUCUGAGAUCUCCGUCAUCAACUACACCAUGUCCAAGGAGGCGAUCAACAGCUUCGAGUGCGUCAAGGGCGCCGUGCCGAAGAUCGUGAGCAUCCCUAAGCUCGUGAUGGAGGAGAGCCCCAAGUUCGAGAAGGAGCAGGCGGCCGUCACCUGCCACUUCCACUGCCUGGCUCAGCUGCCGCACAAGAACACGUGUGAGAAGCGGCCUGGCAGCGUGGAGCACAACGUGGCCCUCAGCUUCUGGCUCUUCAUCUCCAUCAACACCUUCACCAAGUUGCUCCUCGGCUUCACGUACACGCUGUUCGAGGUGGCGGUGGUGGCCAUCCUCAAGGAGUUCGGCUACGACUACGGCCUCCAGCGCAUCUACGGCUCCAUCGGCGGCAUGGUGUUCGCGCCGCUCACGGGCCUCAUCAUCGACUACACCGGGAAGGGAGGGCACUACACCGACUACCAUGUGAUGUACUUGCUGUACUUCGCCAUGAAGGUGCUCUGCGCCUUCAUCCUGGUGAAGGUUGACCUACGCUUCAAGAGCCCCGCCUCCAGCCUCUGCCUCAGCACGUGUCGGCUGAUGCGUAACGUGGAGGUGCUGCUGCUGCUGCUUGUCGUGUUCAUCUCGGGUAUGUGUUACGGCUUCAUUGAGAACUUCCUGCCGCUACACUUGCACGACCUGGGCGCCACCAACUGGUUCAUCGGCAUCAUCACCACCAUCGCCUCCGUCGCCUCCUUGCCCUUCCUCGCCUUCUCCGGGGCCAUCUGCAAGAAGUUCGGCUAUUUCCAGUCCAUCGCCUUCGGUCUUGUUUGCUACUCCAUCCGCUGUGUUGGUUACUCGGCCAUCAAGAAGUACUACUGGUGCGCGCCCUUCGAGGUGCUGGAGGGCGUCACCACGGGGCUGCUUGUCACCUCCGCUAUCGUCUACGGCAAGGAGCUCUCGUCCACCGGCAACGUGGCCACUCUGCAGGGGAUUCUGGCCACGCUUCAUUAUGGCCUAGGCAAGAGCGCAGGGAGCUUCCUCGGCGGGUUCCUGAUGCACAACCUGAAGGCGCCGCUGACCUUCCAAAUCUUCAGCGGCCUCUCGGUGGCGGCGGCGUUCGGCUACUACCUGGUGGGCAAGCUGUACAUCGUGCCGCGCCACAACAAGAUGCUGCUGCAGAAACUCGAGAUCAUGAAGAUGCCGGUGGAGACGAUAUCGCGGAAGGAACACAGACGAAGCAGCAGGUCCCCGGGGCAGCCCAACGCCAGCGAGGCCACACUGCAACGCCUCUCCCGCAAGAAGAACAAGUCUCCCCAGCCCGUCAAGGAAAAUAAGCCUCGAGAAACUAAGAAAACGAACACUUCAAUGGAUACUACGAUGGCCCUGGACGAAACCCAAAUGACGGAACUACCUCCUGACGACACGAUACCUUCCCUCAACGAGACGAAGCAUGCGAACAACACAAAAGAGGCGGUUCUAGACGAGACUAAGAAGGAUGAUUUAAAUGAGACGAAAGCGAUGGUUCUGGACGAGACUCAAAUGACGGAAUUACCUCCUGACGAUACGGUAACUUCCCUGAACGAUACUAAAGAUAAGGAAGAUUUAGAUGACACAAAAGCAAUGGUUCUGGACGAGACUCAAAUGACUGAACUGCCUCCUGACACCACCAUAGCGUCCUUGAGUGAGGCUGUGGACGAGGGGGAGGAGAAGAAGGACAAGGAGAAGGAAGGAAAAACGGAAGAUUCUGCGUGCUAAAGACUUUAACUUCUAUAGUGUUUUAAGGACUAUAGCCAUGCGCAAUAAUAUCCUUGGUGGUGAUCCUUUGUAAAUAGUGAAGAGUUUAUCGAUUAACCCGUAAACAACAUAUAUACGUUUCUCUUAAGAUUAUAUCAGAAAAAAACGAAAA